CUCUUCAGCACCAUUGGUGGAAGGGAAGCCCUGCAAAGAGUAGCACACAGCUGGAGGGAGAGCACAGAGGGGAACAUUGCUGACAGACAAGCAAUGAUGGACCUGACUUUAGCUCUCUCACUGGAAACCUGGAUCCCCUUAGCUAUUGCCCUGGUGCUCCUAUACAGAUAUGGGACCCAUAAACAUGAUGUUUUUAGGAAACAGGGAAUUCCCGGGCCCAAACCUUUGCCAUUUUUAGGAACUCUGCUGAAUUACUACAAGGGUAUGUGGAAAUUUGAUACCGAGUGCUAUAAAAAGUAUGGAAAAAUGUGGGGGUUGUUUGAUGGUCAGACACCUGUGUUAGCUAUCACAGACACAGAGAUGAUGAAGAAUAUACUAGUGAAGGAAUGUUAUUCUGUGUUCACAAACCGACGGAAAUUUGGCCCAGUGGGAAUAAUCAGUAAAUCCAUCAACUUAUCUAAGGAUGAGGAGUGGAAGAGAAUUCGAGCCUUGCUGUCUCCAGCCUUCACCCCUGGAAAACUCAAAGAGAUGUUCCUCAUCAUUGAAGAGUACGGAGAUAUUUUGGUAAAAUACUUGAGAAAAGAGGCAGAGAAAGGCAAGCCUCUCAACAUGAAAGAAGUGUUUGGGGCCUACAGUAUGGAUGUCAUCACGAGUGCGACAUUUGGUGUGAAUGUUGAUUCCCUCAACAACCCAAAGGACCCUUUUGUGGAAAAAAACAAGAAUUUAAUAAGAUUUGAUUUUUUUAAGCCAUUACUCAUGUCAGUAGCACUCUUUCCAGUCCUCAUUCCAAUAUAUGAGAGGUUAAAUAUCUCUGUGUUCUCUAAGGAUUCAAUAGCAUUUUUUAAAAACUUUGUGGAAAGAAUGAAGGAAAAUCGCCUAAAUACUAAGCAGAAGUACCGAGUGGAUUUUCUUCAGCUGAUGAUGAACUCUCAUAUCAAUUUCAAAGACAAAGAGUCUCAUAAAGCUCUAUCUGACAUAGAGAUGCUGGCCCAGUCAAUUAUGUUUAUUUUUGCUGGCUAUGAAACCACAAGCAGCACACUUGCCUUCACCCUGUAUUUACUGGCCACUCACCCUGAUAUGCAGAAGAAGCUUCAGGAGGAGAUCGAUGUGGCUCUGCCCAAUAAGGCACCUCCCAGUUACGAUAAAGUGAUGGAGAUGGAGUACCUUGACAUGGUGCUGAAUGAAACCCUUAGAUUAUACCCAAUUUCUAACAGACUUGAGAGAAUCUGUAAACAAGAUGUGGAAAUUGAUGGUGUGUUUAUUCCCAAAGACUCCGCAGUGAUGAUACCACUUUAUGUUCUUCACCGUGACCCACAGUACUGGCCAGACCCCAAGGAAUUCCACCCUGAAAGGUUCAGCAAGGAGAACAAAAGCAGCAUCAAUCCUUAUGUAUACAUGCCUUUUGGGAAUGGACCCAGAAACUGCAUUGGCAUGAGAUUUGCUCUGAUGAACAUGAAACUUGCUCUCACUAAAAUCCUGCAGAACUUCUCGUUCCAGUCUUGUAAGGAAACACAGCAUUUAAGCCAUAGACAUGUACAGAGAUUAAAAUGGACAAAGCAAGGUUCAAGUUUUCAGAGCCAAUGGCACACCUGUCAAUGGCAGAUGCUCUGGUAAGCUCCAGUCAUCUUAAAUUUCACACCUCUCUAUCUCCAUGACAACUUUGUUCCCCCUCCCUUCUCCUGUGACCAAAAGAUUACUCUGCCAUUCCCCCCAUCACUGAAUAGCAUGAUGCUAAACCAUCACUGAAAACACUGUAGGACUCAGAAUUUUUCAUUCAUCCCAUCUUUGAAAGCUACAAAAAGAUGCCAAAAGGCAAGCAAAUAUCUGUCCUCCUAAAGAUGUGUCCAGAAUUGACUCAACUGUGCUAGUGACAUGUGUGACGACUGUUCAUAGAGGUGAAAUGUAUCUUCUCAGGAUACAAACCAAAAUAACCAAAAUAACUUUUCAGGACUUAAGAAAAACAAUAUGACAUAGUAACUAAGAAUCAGGCUCAAAUAUGUUCUACUGACUGGACUUAGUGAUGAUUGCAUUUAGUUCCAGCACUCAGGAGGCAAAAGCAGUUAGAUCUUUGUGAGUUAAGGCAAGCCUAGUCUACAUAGUGAGUUGCAGGACAGUCACAGCUACAAAGUGAGAACCUGUCAGGAAAAACAAAAACAAAAUUGAUAUUCAACAGUUUUACCCCAAAGUAGCAUAGAACAGAAAUAAUAUAAACUGAUAUGACUUCAUCUCAGACCCUGUAUACAGUAGUGUCUCAAUAAAUGUAUUGCCUUAUGCAUAUUUGCAAGCAUGCUUUCACCAUCUAAUGGAUACAGCUUAGAGGAUAAGGAAGUCCAAGCAUAUGGCCUCAAAUGUAGCUUAGAGGUACCUGCAAAGCAUCACCAUCCUGAAUGUUUUUCACUUUUCUUUACAGGUUGUUGUUGGCUUACUCAUUGAUUUUUAAUAUUAUUUCCACUGUUGCAGAUUCCCUUGAAAUUAUACAGAAAACCACUU